GCAAGAUGGUGCAGCGUGCCAUACCUCAAAAAAGGCUAUAAAAUGGAUGGAAGAAAAUAAUGUACCACUUUAGAAAAGGGUUUCUAGCAGUUCAGAUCUAUCUGUCACCUAUUGAAACUUUGUGGCACGAGAUGAAAAAGGUUCUACGACAACAUCCUGCUCGUACAAUCACCGAACUGAGACAAAAGCUUCAAGAAAUAUGAGAUUGUUUUACA